CUAAUUAACAUUCAUCCAAAAAAACAUGUCUUCCUCUAAUCUCUUCACAACUAUUCUCAUCUCAUUAACCUUGGCUCUAAUUACUCAAACAUCUUUUGCACUCAAUGACCCUCUUUCCCACAUUUGUUCGAACUCCGAGAAUUUCACAGCCUAUAGCCCAUAUGAAUCAAACUUGAAAACACUCAUCAACUCGCUUAUAUACAAAACCCCUUCAACCGGUUUUGGUAUUGGAUCAGUGGGCCUGGUCCAAAACCAACAAGCAUAUGGGCUCGCUCUUUGUCGUGGCGAUGUAUCAACCUCAGAGUGUAAAACCUGUGUCUCAGACGCAACCAAAGAAAUUCAAAGUCGUUGUCCAUACAAUAAAGGCGCGAUCAUAUGGUACGAUAAUUGCAUGUUCAAGUACUUGGACAACGAUUUCAUUGGCAAAAUUGAUAAUACAAACAAGUUCACUUUAUUGAAUGUACAAAGUGUUAAUGAUCCUAUCAAAUUCAACAACAUAACUAAGGACUUAUUGAGCUUACUUGCUAAUGAAGCUUCUAUGGAUAAGAAAUUUUAUGCUAGUGGAGACUUGAAGAUUGGAGAAUCAGAGAGAGUUUAUGGGCUAACUCAAUGCACUAGAGACCUUUCUAGUGUUGAUUGUAAGAAGUGUCUUGAUGAUGCAAUUAGUGAACUAAUACCAUAUGGGAAAAAAGGAGGCAGAAUUCUUAGUGGAAGUUGUAACAUUCAAUAUGAAGUUUACAAAUUUGUUAAGGAGUAAACUUAAUUAGAUGUUAAGCUAGGAUUAAAUAAAUUCAGUAUAUUGUUUAAAUUGA